UUGUUGGUUUUUAAUUUUAUUUAUCAAAAAAAAAAUUAAAAUUAAACAUUUAUUUAUUAAUUAAUUAAUAAUUUUUUAAAAAAUAAGUUUGUGAUAAGUUAUUUUAUUACACAGACGAACUUGACAGAGUGGAAUCGACGUGUGACAUCACCCCGGCUCAUGUUAUCACAGCAGUGCCAGUUUCAGCCUCAGCUUCAAGACCCAUACCAUCAUCAGCAUCACUAGAGCCGAUUUUUUAAAAUAAAUAUUUAAGUUUUUCCCACUUGGAAUAUAAAUAAUAAUAACGUGGGCCGUUUUUGUGGACAGUGUUUUAAUUUAACCGGAAGGAUUAUCGGAAUAGAAAGAAGAAAGAAAAAUUCAUGAGAAGAACUUUGGACUCGAGCACGUUCGAGCAUUUAUCGGGUUCGUCAUGUUUAUGAUAAUGUUGAUGCACUAAUAUAACAACGCAAACGCGGUUUGUUGCUAAAAUAGUUGGAGAUAGAAUAAAAGUCUGCUGGUGUCGGUUGGAGGGAGCGGAGAGAGAGGAGUUUAAGUUGGAGAAGGAGCAGGAGCCGAUUUUUUACAAAGGGGCCAGGCCUGAAUAUGUCAGCGAAGCGAAAGGCCACUGCCAUCAUGCAGCACCACAAGGUAAUUGUCACGAAUUAAACCGUAAGCGUGCAUGAGACACCCAGCCAGUUAUAAAGUGAUAUGAGUAAUAUGUACUUACAAGUAUUGUACAUGGGUAUACAAGCGAAGAAUACAUGUGAGCAGGAGAACAUUUCAACCCCCGAACCCGCGGAUAUAACCGAAGACGACCACUAUUCAACCGCGCUGAUGAAAGACGCGGAUAAGCUCAAGCUGAUGCUGCUUGCCUGGAACUAUAACCUCCAGCAGCAGGCCCAGGCCCAGGCUGCCUCAGCGGCCCUCUCGCCGAAUAACUCCACGACCACGACAGCCAACACCAUUGGCACACCUGUCACCAGCCAAUCGACCAUUUCCACGGCAAACAACACCAUUAACAACUGCACACUCACAGACUCUCGGAACGGAACAUCUGAACUUGGAGAACUGUCUUCGGGCGUACCGAACCUCGGAGCAGUCGCUGGAGUCGGAGGCGAAGAUAUGGCCUCGCUGUGGGCGUCCUACGCGAUGGGACUCAAAAAGACACCACCACCUGCCUCCUCCUGCACGCCAUCGCGGUCAGAUCGCGACCGCGAGUCCAGUCCCACUGGAGGAGAAGGAGCUGGAAGUGCUCAGGAUGAAACUAGCAGCAGCGGAAACAAGGAAGAUGAGGAUGAUGAUGAUGAGGAUGUUGAUGAGCGACUCGAUCCCCGGCACCACGAUCCUGAACGUCUUAAGGCUUUUAAUAUGUUCGUCAGGCUGUUCGUCGACGAGAACUUGGACCGCAUAGUGCCAAUCUCAAAGCAGCCCAAGGAGAAGAUCCAGGCGAUUAUUGACAGUUGUACCAGACAGUUCCCGGAGUUCGCAGAACGCGCGAGAAAGAGGAUCAGAACGUACCUCAAAAGCUGCAGGAGGAACAAGCGCGGGAGAGAAGGAGCACCUUGGGACGCGGCGAGACCGACGCCGGCUCACUUGACCUCGGUGCAGGCGGAGCAAAUUUUGGCAACGGCUUGCGAAAAUGAGAGCGACAACGCGAAACGCAUGAGGCUGGGUCUCGAGCCGGUCUCACAGCCCAUGCCCACACUACCAGCGGCUACGCAGACAGACGUCCGGUCGAGCCUGGAGCACUUCGCGAGCACGCCAAUAAAAUCCCUGCCGGGAAAAAGAGAGGACACGCCGCCAACCUCGAUGACAUCCCUCGCGCCGCUGACUAGUUUGGCCAGUUUACCGAACAGCACCCUCGCCUCGACGCCCCUGUCACUUGCGCCAACAUCUAAACUAUUGACGUCCACCGACAACAAGGGUCUUAUGAGCCAAGCGACGAUAGUUAGCUCAUCAGCGGUAAACGGCGUAGCAAGUGGCGGAGCACCCACCGCGAUGUACAGACCCAACUUCAGCCAGGCAUUCCAGCGCGCUGGACCCACCAACGUACCGCCAACUCUAUCCGCAGGGCUCUAUCCCACCCAGAGCUUCACCUCUGGACUCCUAAGCAACGGUACACAAAGACCAACUGACCUGAGUAUGAAGAACACAAAGCCUCUUCUCAGUCAUAAAUUGAACGCCACCGAGAUGACUGCCGUGAGGCAACUGAUAACCGGGUACCGAGAAUCGGCAGCAUUUCUUCUUAGAUCCGCUGAUGAACUCGAGCAGCUGCUGCUCCAGCAGCCGUAAAUUUAGGGGAUGAACACCUGAAUAAUUAAAUAUUUCAUUAACCAGACCAUGUUAAAUCAACCCGCUAGGAAUCACCAGGCAAUGUCGAGCUUCACUUACCGACUGUCGAGGAAUUCCGCAGCUGGCAUGGAAAAUUUCCCAGACGUUUACUGCUGGAUAGUGAUGUGAAUUAUUGUAAAAUCACCGUCACAAAUUUUUGAUCGUAGUCACAAAUUUUUUGCUCCGUCACAUUUUAUUAAAAAAAAAAGUUUCUAACUUAAUUUGAUUAAAAAAAAAAUU